CUGUAUGAGUGUGUGUAGAAAUUCAAACAAAAUUUUUCAAUUUGACAUCAGACGCCGUCCGGCGAAAUUCAUACACAAAAUCACUUGAUCUAGUAACAUCACCCUGUAUAAAUUCGCCUUGCGUGACACCAAUUAUUAAUUCGUUCUGUUUAUAUCUGGUAACAUCAUUUAUCACUUGUUCGUGCAUAUGAAUUCGCCUUGGUGCUGUUGAUUUCAAAACUUUUUGUGCACAAUUUGCAUAAUUCCAUAUAAAUUUUAUCUUGCCUCAAGUUAUUAGUUUUUUGAAGUAUUGUUGAUUAGCUAUGGAAAAUAAACCAACGGUGCUUGUAUUGGGCGGGUGUGGAUUUAUCGGCCGUAACAUGGUGGCUUAUCUCGUUGAGAACGAUUUGACGGAUGAAAUACGUGUAGUGGACAAAACUCCACCGCAAAUGGCUUGGUUAAAUGAGCGUCAUACUCGGGCAUUUGAUAACAAAAAAGUGGAAUUUUGUAGUGCCAAUCUUAUAAACGCCGCCUCUUGUAAAAAUGUUUUCGCCCCACACCCAACCACAGGCAGGACGUGGGAUUUAGUAUUCAACUGUGCGGCUGAAACUCGUCCAAAUCAAACCGAAGCGGUCUAUAAGGAAGGGAUACUGAAAUUAAGUAUGAACUGCGCCAAUGAAGCAGCCAACGUUAAAGUGAAACGAUUUGUCGAAUUAAGUUCCGGUUGCGUUAACAGUUCGGAAAAGGUUGCACAAAGAGAAGACUGCAAACAUGAACCAUGGACUUGUGUAGCUAAGCAAAAGUUGACGGUUGAGCGUGAGCUCGAUACGCUGAGUGAAGUUCUGCCAUACACUGUUGUACGACUGCCAGUCGUCUACGGGUUAGGCGAUAAACGCUACUUAAUGCCUCGCAUUAUUGUAGCUGCAAUAUACAAGUAUUUGAAUGAAUGUAUGAAGUUACUGUGGAACAAUUCCAUGCAUCUUAAUACGGUGCAUGCAGAUGACGUUUGCGCAGCAAUGUGGUUUUUGGCAAAUAAUCUAGCUGCAGUAGGUGAAGUAAUUAAUAUCGUCGAUGAUACUGAUUCCACACAAGGAACUAUAAGUGAUAUUUUAUCAGACAUAUUCUCAAUAAACGUUGACUACUUUGGCGUAGUCAUGUCGAAUUUAGCAAAGUUAAGUCUAUCAGACACGGUUAGUGAUGUCAACGACAAACAUAUGACGCCGUGGGCCGAAAUUUGUCAAAGGAAUGAAAUCAAUAAUACACCUCUAACGCCAUAUUUGGACGAAGAGCAACUGUAUCAUAAACAUUUGUAUUUGGAUAAUACAAAAUUAAAGACUUUAGGCUAUGUGCUCAAAGAACCAAAAUUAACGCGUGAUCAUGUAACUGAGAUUAUCGAAGACUAUAUAAAGCAAAAGUUAUUUCCAAAGUCCCUAAUGAUCUAAACUUAAGCCCUGCAAACUUUAGUACUUAAGGUCGAAACAUUUAUAAGACAUGACUCAACUCAAUUAAAAUGCAAGUAUGUGAAAACAAAAAUUGUAUAUAAACUGAUAUUAAAAUAAUUCAAUAUUUUGAUUGUAUUUGCUAAGAACAAAAUACUAAUUUUUUGUACAAUUAUUGUACCAUGCUGAUAUUUUCUAAAGUGUACUUAUAGUAUUACCGCAUAGUGUGUUAUUGUAUUUUGGUAUUCCAAAACAAAUUUUAAUGGUUUUACUUAUGUAUGUAUGUACUCGUAUUUACUAAAAUGAUUGGUGAUGUAUUAUAACAUUUUUAAUAUACACGAUGAAUGUAUUUUGUACAAUGCAAUUACAUAGUUUGUCAUAUAAAUGUGCCAAAAUAACAAAAAAAAAGUAUUUAGAAGCUUUUUAUUUCGAAUUAAAAUGUGGGAUUAGCAGUAAGAAUACCAUUGACUUUACCCAUGAAUAACUUUUAGCACUGCAGUCCAUGCUGGUGUGAAUAAACGACCCGAACAAAGGGACGACACUGGCAAAGGACAAAAAUAUCCGUGAUGAAUUCUGUCCAAGAAUUUGGCAUACAUACAAGGUAUGCAUAUCGUCGUUUAAAGUACAAAACCGCAUAUUGUGGUUCUGCAAAACCUCUUAACUAACAUUUGUGCCAAGAGACAUUUGCUCACCGGAAGCUCCUGGUAUAAAGCCCUUAUCCCUUCAUAUUAAAAUAUCGAUACUAAGAUAUAUGAAGAAAAGAUAAUUAGAUGAAAAGAGGGAACCGUUUUGCAAUAAGACAAGUUUUACUCCUAUUGCCAAACUCACAUAUGACGUAUUGCAUUUUAUUGAUACGCGGUUUAGUGCUUUAAACGACGAUACCUAUACCUGAAGCUUUCUUACCGCUUUGGAGAUUUUUUUUACCGAGGAUGAAGUAGACAGUAUCUUUGCAAUCAAAAUUUCGGCGAAAACCACGGAAAUGCAGUUGCCAAUAUAGCAACUUAGUUCGCAACUUUCUGUUGCCAGUUGCCACCAAUAAUACCAACCGUAGUUCCGUUGCAAUCCGUAAUCGACCCAAAAAUGCGUGAUAUUUUUUUGGGGCACUCUAGUUAAAAAAAUAUAUACAUACAUAUAUACAUUAGAUAUGAUAGAAUUAAAAUUUUUUAAAUUUCCAUUUCAAUUAUUCAACUCAAGUUCAGCUUUAAUGGACGCACUGAUCGAGGAACGGUUUAGUAAGCUGGUGCGAAAACCCCAACAACUAUUUGCAUACUACUAAUAGAUCUAGUUGAUAUAAUUUCAUCUAAAAGAAAACACAAAAUGCUUGUUUAAGAUAUUUAUGUAUUAUUUUGUUUUAUUGUAAGGAUUAAAAAUUUACGGCAAUACAGCUCAUUAUUUCUUAUAUUCCAAUCUCUUUUAUUUUCA